AUGGAGGACUCUAUUUGGUCCGGGUGCUCAGAUGAGACCAGGAAGAAAGCCGUAAAGGGCAUGGUGACGGAGAAAGAGAUGACGUUGUUGACCUGCCUACGCCGAUAUCCCAAAGCUAUCGCUUGGUCCAUGUUAAUAUUCCUCACCGUCGUUAUGGAAGCGUUCGAUAAGCUUCUCAUCACUGGAUUGUUUGCUUUGCCAACUUUCAACAGGAGGUUCGGUGAGCCGACGCCGACGCCGAAUACAUCUCUCGACUUUUCAAUUUCACCCACGUGGCAGAUGGGCCUCCAAAAUGCUGCCAUUGCCUCCGAAAUUACCGGUUUGCUGGCUUACGGAUACGUUACAAACGUAACGGGCUACCGGAAAAUGAUGCUAGCCGCCCUUGCCUGGAUCUGUGUUGCUGUUAUCCCUGCUUUUGUAGCGACGAACCUAGCCGCCAUUCUCGUCGCCCAGGUAAUGUCCGGAGUCUCCUGGGGCAUCAUACAAACGCUUGCGGCGACGUACGCGGCCGAGAUUGUGCCCUCGCUCCUGCGGGCCUUUCUCCUGAGCAACAUCAACACUUGCUGGCUCCUUGGGCAGCUCAUAGGCACCGGCAUCCUUCGGGGGUUCGCACCGCAUGAAUCGGAAUGGUCUUAUCGGCUUCCGUUUGCCCUGCAGUGGGCAUGGGCCGUCCCUCUCCUGGUUGGCAUUGUUUUUGCCCCCGACAGUCCAUGGAGAAAUACAGGGUGGUUCAUUCGCCACGACAAGCCGGACGAUGCCCGGCGUGCGCUCUGUCGCCUGUCCAGCCAGGACAGCCUCGACAUCGACAAUGCGGUGGCCGUCAUGCAGCACACGAACACGGUCGAGCGGAAUCUCAACUACGGCCGCUCUACCUAUGCCGAUCUCUUCAAGGGCGUGAAUCGGCGAAGGACGGAAAUAGCAUGCAUGGCUUGGGUGUGCCAGGCCCUUUCCGGGGCCGCCCUGACCAGCUACGCGCCCUACUUCUUCGAGCAGACCGGCUUCAGCCCGUUGAAGUCAUUCACCUUCUCGACUGCCAUGUAUGGCGUCGCCCUCGGCGGAGGAAUGCUCUGCUGGGCCCUUAUCCCUUACGUCGGCCGACGAAUGCUCUACCUCAUAGGGUUGAGCUCAUCCACCGUACUAUUGACAGCCGGCGGCAUCACUUGGGUGCUCACGAGUGGAAAGCCCGGUGCCAACUGGGCUCUGGGUGGCCUAAUUGUGGCAACAACAUUGCUGUACAACUUGACCAUUGGUCCCGUCUGCUACGUCCUCAUCGCCGAGGUGCCUGCCACUCGGCUCCGGGUCCAGACGGUGGCCCUGGCCAGGGUAGCAUACAACCUGGUGACCAUCGCCAACAACAUUCUGCUUCCCCUCAUGCUCAACCCGAAAGGUUGGAGUUGGAGUGGCAAAGCUUGUUUUGUAUACGCGGCAACAUCCGCUUUGUGUCUGGUGUGGUGCUACUUUCGGCUGCCGGAGACCAGGGGGCUGUCAUAUUUGGAGCUGGAUAUCCUCUUUGAGCUGAAGGCGCCGUCGAAAAAGUUUGCGAUUUUCCAAAAGAAGCUCAACGACUCGCCGUACGUCACCGCGUCUGCGGCGGAGCGGCUGACGAAUCCGUGGCACGGAUGGUUGGCCUACUCGUGA